GCACGCUCCGGUAGGAACUGAGCAGGAGUGCGAGCCGGGCCGCGGGGGGCGGGCGCUGCGCGUGCGCAGAGGUGUGCUGGCGAGGGCAGGUGUGCUGCAGCCGGAGGUGGAGGUGCGGCCCUGGUGAGAACUAUGUGUGCUCAGUACUGCAUCUCCUUUGCUGAUGUUGAACAAGCCCAUACCAACAUCCGAGAUGUUAUCCACCUCACACCGGUGCUAACAAGCUCCAUUUUCAAUCAAGCAACAGGGCGAAAUCUUUUCUUCAAAUGUGAACUCUUUCAGAAAACUGGAUCUUUUAAGAUUCGUGGUGCUCUGAACGCUGUCCGAGGCUUGAUUGCUGCCACCUCAGAAGGAAAGCCUAAAGCAGUCGUGACUCACAGCAGUGGGAACCAUGGCCAGGCUCUCACCUAUGCUGCCAAACUGGAAGGAAUCCCUGUUCAUGUUGUUGUACCCCAAACAGCUCCCAACUGUAAGAAACUGGCCAUCCAAGCCUAUGGCGCCUCUAUUGUGUACAGCGAGCCGAGUGAUGAGUCUAGAGAAAAUGUUACAAAGAGAAUUGUAGAAGAAACAAAAGGCAUCAUGAUACAUCCCAACCAGGAACCCACAGUGAUAGCUGGGCAAGGGACAAUUGCCCUGGAAGUGCUGAACCAGGUUCCCUUGGUGGAUGCACUUGUGGUUCCAGUAGGAGGAGGAGGAAUGGUUGCUGGAAUAGCAAUAACGGUUAAGGCUCUGAGACCCAAUGUGAAGGUUUAUGCUGCUGAACCCUUGAACGCAGAUGACUGCUACCAGUCCAAACUGAAAGGGGAACUCACACCCAAUCCUGGUCCUCCAGAAACCAUAGCAGACGGCGUCAAGUCCAGCAUUGGCUUAAACACCUGGCCUAUUAUCAGGGACCUUGUGGAUGACAUAUUCCUUGUCACAGAGGAUGAGAUUAAGUAUGCGACCAAGCUGGUGUGGGAAAGGAUGAAGCUACUGAUUGAACCGACAGCUGCUGUUGGAGUGGCUGCUGUACUUUCUCAGCAUUUUCAAACUGUUUCCCCAGAAGUAAAGAAUAUCUGUGUUGUGCUCAGUGGUGGAAAUGUAGACUUCAGCUCUGUAACUUGGAUGAAGCAGGCUGAAAGGCCAGCUCAGUCUGUCUGUGUUUAA